AUGUCAGCAGGUACCCGUUCUCAAUUGACUCGACUCCUCCUCUCUGAUCCUCUCCUCUUGUCACUAUCUCACCCAACCACACCACCAUGGGGAGCACCACAAAGCGGCCAAAGCCUCCUGAGUCCUGGAUCCAGAACCUCUUCUGUUUCCAGCAUCCCAGCGGCAAUCCUAAAAAAAACUGUAAUCAAAGUAGACGACGGAUUUGAAUCGGAUGACAGCCAACAAGCCUCUGACUCAGAAACACCAGCCAGUACUCAAAACUUGAAGGAGGCCAAUGAGAUCCCAAAGGUAGAUUACAUGACAGACUUUAGUCCCAAAAAGUCUACCAAUGGGAGAGUGAAGUACAAGCUCUACAGGGAUGGACAGAAGAAGGCCGGCCAAGUGGCGAUCCUGCCAACUUGCAAUCACCAUUUCCAUAGCUCUUGCUUGGAAGAACACUUUCAUCAUCAGAAGCAACUCCGGUGCACCUCACACCCCAAAUUCGACGUUGUCAACUGUCCCCGCUGUCUUCAUCCUUAUCCUCUCAAUUCUUCUUCUUCUUCGACCGCUUACUGGACUAAUUUUAGGAAAAAAUGUGCCACGUUCUUCAGGAAACUCUUUUACUUGAACCUGUACCCUAAGGCUUAUAAACCCCAGAAACAUAGACCAUUAGAAAUUGAUAAACUCUUGUGA